GCGGCGGGAGCGGCGCCGAGCCGAGUUGCCUCCAUCCAUGGCACGGAGCGGCGGCAGCGGCAGGAGCCCGGCUCGAUCCGCUAGGUCACAGCCCCGCGCAGAGCGAGCAGGCGACGAGGAGCGGCCCGGCCUCAACCGGCCCGGGAGCACCACGCAGACAGUCGGGCCGCGCCGCCGGGGCCCGCCCGCGCUGCGCUGACAGCCGCGCCCGCGUCCUCCCCGCCGGGGCGCUCGCCGGACAUGCCCCCGGGGCGCGGCGGCGGGGACCCCGGGGCUUGCCUCCGCCCAGGGCCCCCCGCUCCGCCCUCGAGCGCCCCGGGCCCCCGCUGAGCACGCCUCUCGCACGCCCGGAUCCCUCCGGCCGGCGCGCAGACGGGCCCCAGCGCUGUCGGUCCCCGCGGGGCGAUGGGCUGAUGGGCGCCGCGGGACGCAGGAUGCGGUGGGCGCCCGCGCGCCUGCUGCUGCCGCUGCUGCAGUGGCUGCUGCUUUUGGCGCCCGAGAUCCGCGGCGCGCCCGGCUGCCCGGUCCCUAUCCGCAGCUGCAAGUGCUCAGGGGAGCGGCCCAAGGGGCUAAGCGGCGGCGCCCCCAGCCCGGCGCGCAGGAGGGUGGUGUGCGGCGGCGGGGACCUCCCGGAGCCUCCCGAGCCCGGCCUUCUGCCUAACAGCACCGUUACCCUGCUCUUGAGUAACAACAAGAUCACGGGGCUCCGGAACGGCUCCUUCCUGGGACUGCCGCUGCUGGAGAAACUGGACCUGAGGAACAACGUCAUCAGCACAGUGCAGGCGGGCGCCUUCCUGGGUCUGGGGGAGCUGAAGCGCCUAGAUCUCUCCAACAACCGGAUUGGCUGUCUCACCUCUGAGACCUUCCAAGGCCUCCCCAGGCUUCUCCGGCUAAACAUAUCUGGAAACAUCUUCUCCAGUCUGCCACCGGGGGUCUUUGAUGAGCUGCCAGCCCUUAAGGUUGUGGACUUGGGCACCGAGUUCCUGACGUGUGACUGCCGCCUGCGCUGGCUGCUGUCCUGGGCCCGGAAUCGCUCCGUGCAGCUGUCGGAGCGCACGCUCUGUGCCUACCCCAGCGCCCUGCACGCCCAGACCCUGGGCGGCCUCCAGGAGGCCCAGCUGCGCUGCGAGGGGGCCCUGGAGCUGCACACACAUCACCUCAUCCCAUCCCUCCGCCAAGUGGUCUUCCAGGGCGACCGGCUGCCCUUCCAGUGCUCGGCCAGCUACCUGGGCAAUGACACCCACGUCCGCUGGUACCACAACCGGGCCCCUGUGGAGGGCGACGAGCAGGCGGGCAUCCUCCUGGGCGACAGCCUCAUCCACGACUGCACCUUCAUCACCAGUGAGCUGACCCUGUCUCACAUCGGCGUGUGGGCCUCAGGCGAAUGGGAGUGCUCCGUGUCUACGGUCCAGGGAAACGCCAGCAAGAAGGUGGAGAUCGUGGUGCUGGAGACCUCGGCCUCCUACUGCCCUGCAGAGCGAGUCGCCAACAACCGCGGGGACUUCAGGUGGCCUCGAACUCUGGCUGGCAUCACAGCCUACCAGUCCUGCCUGCAGUACCCCUUCACCUCGGUGCCCCUGAGCGGGGGUGCCCCUGGCACCCGAGCCUCCCGCCGGUGUGACCGAGCUGGCCGCUGGGAGCCGGGGGACUACUCCCACUGUCUGUACACCAAUGACAUCACCCGGGUGCUCUACACCUUCGUGCUGAUGCCCAUCAAUGCCUCCAACGCACUGACCCUGGCCCACCAGCUUCGAGUAUACACGGCCGAGGCCGCCAGCUUCUCCGACAUGAUGGACGUUGUCUACGUGGCUCAGAUGAUCCAGAAGUUUCUGGGUUACGUCGACCAGAUCAAAGAGCUGGUGGAGGUGAUGGUGGAUAUGGCCAGCAACCUGAUGCUGGUGGACGAGCACCUGCUGUGGCUGGCCCAGCGCGAGGACAAGGCCUGCAGCGGCAUCGUGGGCGCCCUGGAGCGCAUUGGGGGGGCCGCCCUGAGUGCCCACGCCCAGCACAUCUCUGUGAACUCGAGGAACGUGGCCUUGGAGGCCUACCUCAUCAAGCCGCACAGCUACGUGGGCCUGACCUGCACGGCCUUCCAGAGGAGGGAGGCCGGUGCGCCGGGCACCCGGCCCUUGGGUCCCGGCCAGAACCCCUCCCCGGAGCCGGAGCCCCUGGCCGACCAGCAGCUCCGCUUCCGCUGUACCACGGGGAGGCCCAACGUUUCUCUGUCGUCCUUCCACAUCAAGAACAGCGUGGCCCUGGCCUCCAUCCAGCUGCCGCCCAGUCUAUUCUCGUCCCUCCCGGCUGCCCUGGCCCCCCCGGCCCCCCCAGACUGCACCCUGCAGCUGCUUGUCUUCCGAAACGGCCGUCUCUUCCGCAGCCACGGCAACACCUCCCGCCCUGGAGCCGCUGGGCUUGGCAAGAGGCGCGGCGUGGCCACCCCCGUCAUCUCUGCGGGAACCAGUGGCUGCAGCGUGGGAAACCUGACUGAGCCGGUGGCCGUUUCGCUGCGGCAUUGGGCUGAGGGGGCCGAGCCCGUGGCCGCUUGGUGGAGCCAGGAGGGGCCGGGGGGGCCCGGGGGCUGGAGCUCUGAGGGCUGCCAGCUCCGCUCCAGCCAGCCCCACGUCAGCUCCCUGCAGUGCCAGCACCUGGGCAACGUGGCCGUGCUCAUGGAGCUGCGCGCCUUCCCCAGGGAGGUGGAGGGCUCAGGGGCAGGCCUGCACCCUGUCGUGUACCCCUGCACGGCCCUGCUGCUGCUCUGCCUCUUCUCCACCAUCAUCACCUACAUCCUCCACCACAGCUCCAUCCAUGUGUCCCGGAAGGGCUGGCACAUGCUGCUGAACCUGUGCUUUCACAUGGCCAUGACCUCCGCCGUCUUUGCAGGAGGCAUCACACUCACCAACUACCAGAUGGUCUGCCAGGCGGUGGGCAUCACCCUGCACUACUCUUCACUGUCCACACUGCUCUGGAUGGGGGUGAAGGCCCGUGUCCUCCACAAGGAGCUUACCUGGAGGGCACCACCUCCACAAGAAGGGGAUGCUGCCCUGCCUGCCCCCCGACCCAUGCUCCGGUUCUAUUUGAUCGCGGGAGGGAUCCCACUCAUUAUCUGUGGCAUCACAGCCGCUGUCAACAUCCACAACUACCGGGACCACAGCCCCUACUGCUGGCUAGUGUGGCGCCCCAGCCUAGGAGCCUUCUACAUCCCCGUGGCUUUGAUUCUGCUCAUCACCUGGAUCUAUUUCCUGUGCGCGGCGCUGCGCUUACGGGGUCCUCUGGCACAGAGCCCAAAGGGGGGCACCAGCAGGGUCUCCCUGGAGCCAGGGGAGGAGCUGAGGGGUUCCACCAGGCUCAGGAGCAGCGGCCCCCUCCUGAGUGACUCGGGUUCCCUUCUGGCCGCUGGGAGCGCAGGGGUGGUGACGCCCGGGCCCCCGGAGGAGGGUGACGGUCUCUAUUCUCCAGGAGCCCAGCUGGGGGCGCUGGUGACCACGCAUUUCCUCUACCUGGCCAUGUGGGCCUGCGGGGCUCUGAGCGUGUCCCAGCGCUGGCUGCCCCGGGUGGUGUGCAGCUGUCUGUACGGGGUGGCGGCCUCCGCCCUGGGCCUCUUCGUCUUCACCCAUCACUGUGCCAGGCGCAGGGACGUCAGGGCCUCCUGGCGCGCGUGCCGUCCCCCCGCCUCGGCCUCCCGAGCCUCCCCGCGGGCCGCGCCCGCCGCCCCAGAGGACGGGUCCCCGGCGUUCGGAGAGGGGCCCGCGUCCCUCAAGUCGUCCCCGAGCGGCAGCAGCGGCCCCGCCCCGCCCCCGGGCCCCUGCAAGCUCACCAACCUGCAGCUGGCGCAGAGCCAGGCGUGCGAGGCGGGGGUGGCGGCCCGCGGGGAGGCGGAGCCCGAGACGCCGGGCCCCCGGGGGAGCCUCGGCCCGCGCCACCCGAACAACUCGCACCACGGCCGCCGGGGCCACAAGAGCCGGGCCAAGGGGCAUCGCGCGGGCGAGGCCGGCGGCAGGAACCGGCUCAGGGCGCCGCGCGGGGGCGCGGCCGGGGCGGCCGAGUUGCCGUCGGGCGAGAGCGGCAGCCCGCACAACAGCCCGUCCGACAGCUACCCGGGCAGCAGCCGCAACAGCCCGGGCGCCGGACCCCGGCUCGAGGGCGAGAGCACGCUCACGCCGUCGGAGGGCAGCGACACGAGCGCCGCGCCGCUCCCCGAGGCCGGCCGGCCAGGCCAGCGCCGCAGCGCCGGCCGCGACCACCUCAAGGGCGGCGGGGGCGGCGCGCUGGAGAAGGAGAGCCAGCGCCGCUCGUACCCGCUCAACGCUGCCAGCCUGAACGGCGCCCCCAAGGGCGGCAAGUACGACGACGUCACCUUGAGCGGCGCCGAGGCGGCCGGCGGCGGCUGCAUGAAGACGGGGCUCUGGAAGAGCGAGACCACCGUCUAGGCUGGGGGCGGGCGCCGCUUCAGGACGGGCGGGCCGCGUGCGCAGGAGACCCCGCUUCUCGGGGGCCCUCAGAGACGUCGAUCGGUACGUCCCCAGGAUUGAGGUAGGGGUGCCUCGCUGCGCCCGGGCUCGCCAGCUUUAGUCCCGGAGGAUGGGGAAAGGACAGGCACAGGCCCGCCAACGCGAAGAGGGCCAUCCCUCUGGGGUAGCGACAGACAAUCCCCGAACCGCACACGGGAUACGUUUCCGUCCCAGCGCAGGCUGGUUUCGGCAGCCCCUGCCGUCCAGGCUCGGGGGAAAGGUCCUGUGGGGCUGCGGAGUGAGCAAGGGCGGCAGGGACAGCACAGCUCAGGCGGGCUUCUCCUAAGGUACUCCCCGCACCUCCUGCCCCGCUCACGGGCGGCCAUCAGCCUUACCCGAAACACACGGGCGAUGGGGGCCUGAGUAAGGUGUUCUCUCCUCACUGCCCUCCUCUGAAUCAGUCACCCACCUGUGCCCAAAUCCUAGGCCUCUCCCCCACCCAGUUCUGGCUAACUAGAGAGCCAGCCUAGCAGAUGAGCCAGCUGACCAGGACCAGUGGGAGGAAACAAGGUGCUGCUUUUCGGAUCAACUAUGCAAAAGGAGAAGGUGGGGCAGGGUGAAAGGCAGCUGCAGGGAUCAACCAGCCCUCUGGGAGGGGGGCAGGUGGAAAGGUGCACC